GCCUCAUUGCUUCUCUUGCUGAGCAGUUGCUCUCUUUCUCACUCCCUCACUGGGACCACUGAUGCUGUCUACCUGCCUUUGGCCAUUGUAAGCAGCUGGUACUGCUACUCAUAUUUGCCCAAUGAAAAUAUAUUAAAGGGGAGGGAGAAGAGAGUGAAACAAAAAUACGAAGCCAGAGAGCCACUGCAGUAGGAGUGGAAGACAGAAGAGCAGGUGGAAGGGGUGAUUAGCAUGGCCAGUAAGUCCAGAGAUUUGCCUCGAGUAACCUUCGAGGCUCCAGAGAAGCCUGGGGAGGAAUCAUCCCACAAGAAGCUGGGCAAGCUAACAAUUAAGUACAACCGCAAAGACCUUCAACGCUGGCUAGACCUGGAGGAAUGGAUUGAUGCCCAGUUGCAGGAGCUGUACCAAUACCAGCUGCAGGAGGAAGAAGACACAGCAACCCCUGAACCAGAAAUUGACAUUGAAGAUCUUCUAGAGGUCUCCAACGAGGAACAGAAAUCAAAACUACAGGAAAUUCUUCAUGAGUGUUCCAGACCUACAGAGGACUUCAUUACGGAACUGCUCAGUCGACUGCAAGGUCUCAGGAAAAUCCCUCAAAGGAAAUAAUCCUAUCCAUCAUGAGAGAUACCCCCGUUCCAUCCUGUAUCACUCACAUGGCAUUGGGUGGCUCCCUGGGACAGAGAAUCAGAUUCAUGUUGGAAGAUCAUGUUACAGUUUUUCUAGGACUUGGUGUUCUGAGAAGAACCAUCUUAGAUACUUUCAGCAUCCCAUUCCAGCUUCAUGUUCACAGGGAGGGGCUUGUGUGUGUAUCUUGCUGAUAAUUAAAGAGCUGUUAUGUUAGGGGAGAGGGCUGAUCCCCUUCUUUUCUUUUUCAUUCAUUUUCUUUUUGAAGGAACCUCUCCUUUGGCUGAGGAAGCGUUGGACACAGCUCCCUUUGGAGCCCUUCAUUGGCUGUUACCCAACUUUCACCAGGGACAGGGAGUUGCUAUUUCACUGCUCCCAGCCCCUGCCUGUGAACAGACCUCCUGGUUCUAGGCCAGCACAUGGACAAAGGGCCACUUCUUAUAUUUUUCUAGUCACAGUUUUUAUUAAUCAUCCCUCCCUGGUGGAAAGCUGGGCAGAAAAUACACUCCCUGGAGCUUUUCCUUCCAUCCGACUGUAUGUCCCUCAGGUUGAUUAAUAUUUGUGGGGCAUGGGACUUUUUAAUGAGCUAGCAGCACCUCAAACUAAUACGAGGACCUGCAAGGGAUUUUUAAGAGACUGCACAGCUGCCUGUUGUGACAGGGUCAGGCCAGAUGGCUACAGGAGAGUGAUAGAAGGCAGAUAUGUUAGCCCCAGGUUAAGCAGGUCCCUUUUUCUUGGGUAAGGUAACAGGUAAGGUUCCAGAACAAUCAGAAACAAUUAAGGCAGACAGUCUGAUUAGAACACCUGCAGCCAAUCAAGAAGCUGCUAGAAUCAAUUAAGGCAGGCUAAUCAGGGCACCUGGGUUUAAAAAGGAGCUCACUUCAGUUUGUGGCAUGCGUGUGAGGAGCUGGGAGCAAGAGCUGCAAGAAGCUGAGAGUGAGAAGGUGUACUACUGGAAGACUGAGAAGCACAAGUGUUAUCAGACAUCAGGAGGAAGGUCCUGUGGUGAAGAUAAAGAAGGUGUUGGGAGGAGGCCAUGGGGAAGUAGCCCAGGGAGUUGUAGCUGUCACGCAGCUGUUACAGGAGCCACUGUAGACAGCUGCAAUCCACAGGGCCCUGGGCUGGAACCCGGAGUAGAGGGCGGGCCUGGGUUCCCCCCAAACCUCCCAACUCCCUACUUGAUACUGGAAGAGUUGAACUGGACUGUGGGUUCCACCAGAGGGGAAGGUCUCUGGCCUGUUCCCCGAUCCACUAGGUGGAUCAGCAGAGACUGCGGGGAUUGUUCUUCUUCCUUUCCCCAUGCUGGCCAGUGAUGAGGCUAACUGAGUGAACGGCGGAUUUGAGCCAUGAAAGUGGCCAAACUGAGGGCUGCCGUGAACCUCUGAGGCGAGAAAAUCUGCCAAUAAGUGCAGCACCCACCAAGGCAGAGGAGGAACUUUGUCACACUGUGUAAGGGCAUUUUGAAAGACGCUCAAUUUGUAGAUUAAAAUGCUUAGAAAUCCA